UUCAACAUUUAUUGUAAUACUUACCGAUAAACAUUUAACUGCUCUACGCUUUUGAAUAAAUAUUUCUGAUAGGAUACAUGUUAGACAUGUUGAAGUAAAAUGCGGUAUUUUUAUUUAACGAUUUUGGUUUUCUUCUUCGGCGCUAUUCAGGCAUCGAACUUUUUGAAUCUUAAAGAAAUUAGAUCGAUCUUAAAGAAAAGCCUGAACAGUAAUGUUGAUCCGAAGCGAACAGUGCUGGCUCAAGGCUCAAUGAAGAGGAUUCAAGAUAGAAUGGAAGACGAUGCAGAAGACAGAAAAUUAGCUCAAAAUAAAGCUAAGGUCUUGAAAAAAGUACGAAAUCACAAGACAGACAAGAACCUUGAUAGUGAUCUAUUUUCUCAAAAGUUAACAGAAAGUGCCGAUAAAAGAAUCGGCAGAGAAUACUUUCUCAUGGAUCCUGUUUUAAACGAGCUACGAAGACGUGGCAAAUUAACUGACUUUAGAAAAAAAGGUUCCGAUACCGAUGAGAGUGGUAGUUCGUCAUUGGGCAUACCCGAUUGGAAGCAAGAAUGGAAUGAACUUUGGCUCCAGAAAAAAUUUGAAGCUCUGAAUUCUUCUAUAAUUAGGGGUGACGUGGUAAAUAUGGCGGCUGCUAGACCGUGGGGAAGGUAUUGCGGAGAUCCUAAUCAACAUGACGCACCAUGGGGUACUUGCAUGUUACCUGCUGAAUGCGAACCAGAGUACCGAAUAUAUCGCGGUGAUAUCCACUGUGGUAACACUAUGUACAUUUGUUGCGCUAUCGUAGGUACAAAGUAUGACCUGUAUAAUGGAUUAGAUAUAUCUUUUGAAGAUUCAGAGUUUGGUACUGAUACCAACGAGUUGAUUCAUCAAAAUGAAGACGCAAGCAAGAAAGAUCGUAGCAAGGACAGAAAUAAACGGAAGAGAGACAGAGAAAAGAGGAAAAAGAAAAUUUUGAGGAAAAUUCGGAAAAUUGUAAAAGAAAUCCGAAAGAUAUUGGGUAAUGCGUACAAAAAUGCAACUAGUGAACGGAAGAAGAGAACGAAACAAUUGAAGAAGUUCAUCGAAAGUAUGAAGAAGCAGUACAAGAAGGAUCGCCAGGCUGUGGCGAAAGUCCACGAUACUGAUAUGAUAAAAAUAGAUGACAAUUUGAAAGCUAAAUUGGAUCACAUAAAGGGUCUUAAUGAAAACUUUAUGACGAACGAAACGUUUAGAAAUAUUAUUGUUAAUGGAUCGUUGAGUAAAAGAAAGCUGAAGCGACUCCUGCGAAGUUAUCCAGAUUUGGCUAAAUACAUGAAACAAAAACGUAGAAGCUCACUCAAGAAUAAACGGAGAAGUGGUAUUGAUUUGACUAUAGGAGUAGAUCCAGGAGAUAGAGUUCAUCGAUCUGCGAAGCUGAAACCUGAUAAACCCGAUUAUGACGUCGAGUACGGCAUGCUUUAUUAUUGAGUAAUAAAAGUUUGCGUCCAAUA